CCCUUGUCCUAUUUAUGCUGUGACUGUCCGUGGUACUCGUACUGUCCACCUCCAAGCAAAGACUCCCUUCUUCUCGUUCUAGAGAAUCACUCCGUGUGACUGACUCGGCAGACAUUCGUUUUCAUUCUUUGAACUUCUUCGAGCGUUCUCACCAUCAGGCUUAUUAUACACCCAUUAUUUUUUAAUUGUCAAGCGUUCUCAGCCUAAUCAUGCAGUACUUCUUCCUCACCGCGGUCGUCGCUGCAUUUGCCCAGGUGGCCAUCACACAGACAAUUGAUCCCAACUCAGUACCGUUAUCCACGAGACAGGUGUGGUGCAGCUCUCAGAUAGCACAGUGCCCCUUGAUCUGUGUCGAUCAAACGAACUCCGCCGCCACAUACGCAAACGACUGUAAUGCUGCAGACCUCAGCUACAGUUGUGUGUGUUCAAAUGGCCUCUCACCCAACACCUCCGAGUACUCUCAGACCCUACCCUAUUAUAUUUGCACGCAAUACAACACCAACUGCCAGGCAAGCUGUGGGAACGACAACACCUGCGCAGCAGCAUGUGUUCAAGAUCACCCCUGCGGUGCUACAAACCCCACAAGAGUAAACACAAGUACGAUCUCCACGAUGCCGGCGACAACCACGACGGCUGGUGCAGCUGCAUCAACUGCUUCUGACGGUAGCGUCGUGUACACCGGCUUUGGAGGAGGAGCCGCUGCUACAACUACUGCUGCCGGUAGCUCUGGAAGUUCGGCUGCAACCCGGAUCAUUGUUAAUGUGGGUCAGCUCUAUGGUCUGGGAGUCCUCGUGGCAGGCAUAUUUGCGGGAUUCACGUUGAUGCUAUAAAGAAAGAAUGCGUACUGAGAGGAGUGGAAGCUCCUCGACAGGGCAUGUGCUUAGCUUGCGAAUUGUGCAUCCGUUUGAUGGUAUUCUUUUGAGCGAAAAGUUUGUCAUAGCACGUUUGGCCUGGGCGCUGGAAUGGCAUUGUCAAAGGAAGAUGAUUGGGUUCUGUCGGGAUAUUACACACAGAGUCUUGCCGGCACUCAUCAAUCGAUACCGAGUAAUAAUAAUAAUGAUAAUCGUUGAAGGACAAGUUC